CCAGGCAGAUGUGCAUCAGGCAGGGCCUCAGGUGGGCUGAGGGGGUAGAUCCAGGCCCAGGUGGGCCUGGGGACGCUGAGAAGCCAUCUCCUUCACAGGCCCUAGCAUUCAUAUGCCCUGGGAACAGCUGGACCCCAGUGCCUGGACAGGGAGGGAGACUCCCUGGCUAGGGCAACUGAGAGCAGCCACUGGGCGCUGGGACAAGCAGAGCCCUCAGGAGGCAGAGACGUAGGCCAGGUAGAAGCAGAGGCUGCAACUGGUGGGUUCUGUCCAUGGCCCAAUUUGGGAGGGCAGGUCAAGGUCCAGGAGAGAAUGGACAGCAGAUGGGGCUCUCUGGCUUCUAGGUUGACCCCUAAGCAUUGUAGGUACCACUCCUGGGGCUUGUAUCCCUACACAGGGGCUACAAGAGGCAGAGAUGACUGCAAGAGGCUCCAUGCCAAAGACCAAAGGCAUGGCCAGAACCCCCACCCCCACCCCCAGCUCAGCAGAGUGAGGGCCCUGCAAGGCUCAGGGCAGGCCCUCCCCAGCUCCUCUAGGUGGUUAGGGCCAGGUGCUGCCGCCCUGCCCCCUGGUGGGGCUGCAAGUUGCUGCACCUGCCAAUUAGCCAAGGCCAGGCUGGCAAGUCCCACCCAGGUGGGGCAGGCACUCUGAGACACACACUUCCUGUCCAAGACCCCACACACUGAAGCAUCACUGUGCAUGGCAGGUGCUUCUGGAAUACUCCCUUACUGAGAAAAUGUAAGCAAGGUGGUUGGGCUUUAUCUGAACUGAAUCCUACCUUAAGUAUGGGAGAAACACAUUUUUCCCGGGCAUCCUCCCCAAGUCCUCACCAGGGGCUGAGGGUGGCAAAGGACAUUCAGAAUCUGGUCCCCUGGGUGGUGGGGGGUGAAGAGGGUGGUAAGAGGUCAUCUAGGAAGCUCUUAGCAUGUUUGUGCCACUCAGACUCCAGCGCCCUUCCCCUCAGUGACAAAGAUGGCCUGACCUCACCAGUAAUAUGGCCUGAGCAAGCCCCUCCCCUUCACAGGCCCUGGAGGGUACAGGGCCGAUCUGGAAGCUCCCUUCCAGGGCACCAGGCCAGUGACUAUUUUUGGAAACUGAAUCAUGACAUUAAAUUGUUGGCCCCUGAUUUCUUGAGUUGUUACAUUCAGCUGACACUGGUGGGUGUGCAGGCUUGUGGUUGCACCUGGCUGACCACAGCCUACCCUGCAGGAUGAGGUGGAGGCGGCAGGGGAGGAGCGGGGGCGCAUCCUGCUGUCACUGUGCUACAGCUCUCAGCAGGGCGGCUUGCUGGUAGGUGUGCUGCGUUGCGCCCACCUUGCCCCCAUGGAUGCCAAUGGCUAUUCGGACCCCUUUGUUCGCCUUUUCCUGCAUCCAAAUGUGGGGAAGAGAUCUAAAUACAAGACCAGUGUUCGGAAGAAGACCCUGAACCCUGAGUUCAAUGAGGAAUUCUUCUAUGCAGGCCCAAGGGAGGAGCUGGCCCAGAAGACACUGCUGGUGUCUGUAUGGGACUAUGACCUGGGUACAGCUGACGACUUCAUUGGUGGGGUCCAGCUGAGUAGCCAGGCCGGUGGGGAACGUCAGCAGCACUGGUGUGAAUGCCUGGGCCGCAGUGACUGCCGACUGGAGCUGUGGCACCCGCUGGACGGUGCGCCCCUCCAGCUCAGCGACUAGAAGUGGUACCCAGCCUGUUCCUGCCUACCACCCUCCCCCAAACUGACCCAUACAGCUGGGAGGACCUGGAGCUGCCCCACCCACCGUGCCCAGCCCCACAUCAAAUUGUUUGCUUUCUUAUUCCCCUUUCAGAUUCACCCCCCUGCCAACCAUAAAGCAAGAAUAAACCUUCAAAUCAGACCAGA